GCACGCGUACUCACAAUCUCGCCGCCAACGCUGUGGGCUAUGAAGUCCACUUCUGAUAAGGCUUGUGUGAACAGCGCAGUUACAAGUAACUUUGUGCAAAAUCAUGACCGAAGCUGAGUUGUACUCGAUGUACAAGGGAGUUUAUGUCCCCAAAGUUCUUCACACUCCUGAGGGCCUGAAGUACUACGAGGAGUUCAACUUUCGCCAGGAUGACAUUUUAAUCGUCACCUAUCCAAAAUCAGGUACGACAUGGAUGCAGGAGAUCGUUCCCCUGAUCCAGAGCGAGGGGGACCUCACCCCGGUAGAGACCAUUCCAAACUGGGACAGAGUGCCAUGGCUGGAGGAGCACAGAGCGAACGUCCUGAAUCUGGACGAGAGACCCUCUCCUCGGAUUUUUGCAACUCACUACCACUACCACAUGAUGCCAGACUCCUUCUUCAAAGUCAAGCCUAAAGUCUUGUAUGUCCUGCGACACCCAAAGGAUGUCUUCACCUCCUCUUUCCAUUAUUAUGGGAUGGCUUCCUUCUUGGUGAAUCCAGGAACAGUGGACGAGUUCUUGGAUACGUUCCUAAAUGGAAAAGUAAUGUUUGGGUCCUGGUUUGACCAUGUGAAUGGAUGGAUACAUGCCAAAGACCAGGAACAUAUUUUAUACCUCUUUUAUGAAGAAAUGAUAAUGGAUCUCAAGGAGUCUGUCCGUAAACUCUCCUGUUUUAUGGGGAAAUCUCUGAGCCAAGACAUCAUUGAAAAGAUAGCUGAUCACUGUGUAUUCAAAAACAUGAAAAAAAACAAGAUGUCCAACUAUUCCAUGGUGUCAACGGAGUUCUUUGACCAAACGAAGUCAGAGUUUUUGAGGAAAGGCACUGCUGGAGACUGGAAGAAUACGCUGACUGCAACCCAAUCAGAUCAUUUUGAUACUGUUUAUAAGGAGAAAAUGAAAGAUGUGAAGUUCAAAUUUUUUUGGGACUAAAUCUGCCAUACUUAUGGUAGUCGUCCCAUAAUCUAUAUGAGUGUCUCAUUUUGCUUUGAUGAUUUGAGACAUGGCAGCUUUGAGGAGGGGCUUUAGGAGGACAAUGUAUGUCACUUCUUCUAAUACAGUUUAUCCGUCCUCAUCAUUCCUGUGCCUUUCAUGACCAAAUUAAUCAGGAAAAGAAGAAUUAUUCUUAUGCUUGUCAUUUCAGCUUCCUUUAAAAGCCUUUUAUAACUGUUAUGCACUUGUUAUAACUGUAUUGUACCAAAUGCAAAAGUAAAGUUUUAAAACAAUA